AUGAACUCAGCUUCUAGCAAUUAGUUGCUUCAAAAACUUCAAAAUUUGUAUUCUACCCAAAAGAAAGGUAGCCAACACUCGCAUUCCCCAAUUAAGCCAAUUGCCUCCAAAGAAAUCAACUAAUUGCUCCAAAAAUCCUCCCCAGUCCCCUACCUUCAAAUCAAACAAUAUGAUGUGGAAUAAUGGACCGAUCGUAUUGUCAGAUAGAUGGAUAAGCACGGCUCAUUCACUCAAAAUGAAAUUCCCCUUGAAAACCAACCUUAGAAAUGCUCCCUUGUUCCCUCGACCAUCUAGCAAUCCCUUAUUAAAUCGCUGACUCAAAUUGAAAAAUAGCUCAAACAACUUCGAUAUGCCAAAGACCAAGAUUAAAACACCUUUGCAACAAUACUAACCAAAAUAAAACUCUUUUGUCUAGAUAACUCCACAACUUGCUUUGAUUUUUAUAGAUGCACCGAUCUAAUACUACUGAAAUACAUGAUCUAUCUUUUGAAUCCUGGAACUAAACCAACAAUCCAAUCAGAAUAAAAAAGAAUCAAUACCAGAUCAGACCCAGAUAUAGUCACCAUCGUUUAUGAGAUCAUCGAAGAAAUCAAAUCAAAAUAACACAUCACUUCCCAAAUAGAUAACCUUAAUAAUCAAUUAACCAAAAUUCAAAAUUCCUUUAAACCCCAACCUAGUAGUUCUGUCAAAACUAUAAGCAAAUCGUCUCAUCAUCAAAGAUUCAAUAGUUGCAAUCUAGAGAAAAAUAAUAACUCGUCUGCAUGCCAAAAUAAACUUGCUACUGAAAUCAAUCUCAGCGCUAAUCAAUUCAAAAGCAAUCCUUAAUUAAACCAUGGAUCAACCAAGAUUAUUAAAUAUUAAAUUGAUGAAUUGGAAUAGAAAUCUAAACUUAUCACCUCAUUAAAUGACUAAAUUUUGAAAUUAUAAAAUAAUAAUAAAAAAUAAAUUCUUUCAAUUUCAGAACUAAAUGCUUAAAAUGAAUCCUUCAAAUCCUAAUUACAAUCCAAAAUUGAUGAACUGGAACAAUUAAAACGAUCAUAUGACCUUUUAAAAUCAAGUAACCAACUUUGUUUGGAAGAAAAAGAACAAUAUUUAAACCUAUAUCAUGAUUUUGAAUUAGAAAGCAUCCAACUCAAAUAAAAUCUGGAAAAAUAUAAAACUGCCCACGAUUAAGUUAAGACACAGUUUGAUAAAUACUAAAAUGAAACCUACACUUAUUAUCAAGAACAAUGCAAUCAGCUUCAAUAAACUAAAGAUAGAGAGAUAAAAUAAUUGAAAAGCGAAUUAAAUGAAAAAUCAUCGAUCAUUGCAUAAUUAUUAGGGGAUACCAUGUUUUUUGGAAAAUAAUACAAAAAUAUCGUUGAGAGAAUAGUUAAUCUUUCGCAAGAGAACAUAGGUAACGAGAUAGCCGAAUUAUAGAAAGAGUUAUUUGUUUCUUAAAACACUUUGAAUGCUAAGUUAAAUGCCAUAUCUAGUUAUUCUGAUAAUAUUCUGUAAGAUUCUGGCCAAGAUUAACUAUCAUAGAGUUAAUUAUCCAAUAUGAUGGCAAACAGAACAGUAUCCUCCAAAAGUGGAUACCAAUAAAGCCUAAAAUAAAGCAGGCCUUAUGAUUUGCUAAAUGGAUAGAAAAAUUAGUUUGAAUUGAUGCAUAUGCUUUUAAUAUAGAGUUAAGUACUUGAUGAAUUUUUAUCAUGA